AUGCGACAAAGCGAUGUGGGACGCCAUUCUGGCCAUGAGGAUAUACACUCGAACAUCUUUGCAAAGCGGAGCGAUUUCGAUCAAUAUAGUGCAACAACGAAAGUAGAAGGCAUUGUUGCAGUGUUGAAGCCGAAGAGCAAGGUGGUUUUGAUGGCUGGUCUGGCAGUCGUGAUUGCCGCAUAUACACUAGAGCUUGCUACGGCCGAAGGCUACAACACAUACGCUCUUUCGGAAUUUGGUCAGCUCCCGAUGGCAAGCCUUCUGGACGCCGCAGACUCUGUCCUCACCGCUAUUCUGAAGCUGCCAACGGCCAAGUUAGAGCAUCGAUACUGGGGGAUGUCGAGUCCAUUCGCAAGUAGAACGACCUCCAACCUGAAGUACCUGACUAUCGAGCAAGCUCUAGAGGACAUCACUUACUUCGCAAAGAACAUUGAGCUUCCCUUUCUGACCGACGUUCGCUUCCGAACCAAGACUCUACAACCUCAUGUAACGCCCUGGCUACUCGUGGUAGGAGGUUAUGCCGGUGUGCUUGCUGUCUGGACUUCUCAAAAAGCACCAACCCUUUUCUGGGCUUACCUGGCGUCCUCGCCAGCCAUGAUCGCCAGCGAGGCUUUUUCGCAAUUCAACGAGGCGGCGAUCGAGUAUGGCCCCAAAAAUUGCAGCCGAGACGUUAUGCUUGUGAUAGAGCACAUCGAUGCCAUUCUUGAGCACGGUUGGAUCCACCACUUCAAAGGGAUUCCGAACUGCGACUUACGAUUGAUAGGCAAUCGAAGUGAGAUACAUGACCUGAAAUCCGUAUUUGGUCUGGAGCGUCUACAAGACGACGACUUCGCGUUUGUUCUACACAUUGGCCAUUUGCAAUGGGCUGAAGCCUCCAUCAGCCGUGAAUUUGCGUACUUUGGAUUUUGCGACUACAUCGAGGGCGUUUUCGGUCCCGAAGGACGGCAUAUUCCCGACGCGUUCGGUGAAGGCCUUCAACGUGCGAUCAAUGGAUACGCUUUGUACAUUCAGGUUCUGAGAAGCCACUGUGCAGGAGCCAACUAUACAGAAUAUCAGGUCCUUGGAAAUGACGUGCUCUGCUGGGACACCUACGAAUUUCUGAAUCCAAAGUUCACAGACAUCAGCAUCAAUGAUGGUGCUAUCAGGCGCCAGUGGAAAUGGCUGACAUGCAAUGAGCCAUAUGCGACUUGGCCAGCGCCACCUCCCCCAGGCCAACCCUCGCUCAUGAGCCGAUUCGUGACCCCAGGACGAUAUGCACGAGAGUGCCGCCUGACUUUUCCGGCGGGAGAAGGCGAGAGUUUUGGACUGAAGGAUGGUACGGCAUUCAAGUACUUCAACGACAAGUACGACGAACGGAGCAUCUCGCCCAACAGUAAGCGGGUCAUUUACUCCAACGGCAGAAUGGAUCCGUACUUUCCCUUGUCUGUGUCUUCACCCACCAGGCCUGGAGGCCCGAGCAACGGCCCCCCUGCUUCCGACGUGCACGUCCUUGUGCAUCCUGAGGGAGCCAAGGACGAUCUAUUCAUGUCGAGCGGUAGGGGCCAUCUAGAGAUGGGGGCGGUGCAAGACACAGAGCUUGAGCUGUUAACACAGUGA